UCUGAGUUACCUAUUGGCAUUGCUGUGGAAAAGCUGUUGAUCUUCGUGGAAUUGUGACAAUUCGAAACACGGAACCUUCGUAAUACGUUCUGGUCGUCGAGAAUCUAGAAGCACCAAAUUUUACAAACGACUUCAUCAAAUACCUGGCGAAAUUACACUUUCUACUGUCAGAGCCCGCAUAAAAUCUACAUUAAGAUAAGGCGUAAUCAAUGUGUAUAAUCUCAUCAAGGAAAAACUUUUUCAGUGGUAGUUAAUUAGACACUCUAACACUCACCGUUCGUUUUAUUUUUUUUAUUUAAAAAUUAGAUAUUUAUACUGCCAAAAAAGUAUAUAAAAUUUUUUAACGCCAAGCACAUACACCACAUAAACGGUAAAUUCGUAAAUGGUGUGCGCUACCUUAUACAUCGUAUAAAUAUACCUUGAUCUAAUAAACCGCACCAAACCCGGGGGACUGAAACAUAAACUUCGUUUGGGGUGUGUGUGUGCUAAAACACUAUAAUCACAUAUCAUCAGCAAAACCGUAAGAAAAUAAUAUACGAGAAACGUUUCGGUUUUAAUUCGAAAAUAAAAAGCUGUUGUGUUUAUAAUUUAUAAUGUUGUGCCAAAAUGGUUUAAAAAGUUUUAAUAAAAAGACUCUAAAUGCAAUGCUAAAAAAUUAUGUGUUCUGUGAUGAAUGGUGAAAAAGAAAAGAAAAAACGAAAUUUGACAAGACAAAAUGCUUGUUUGAACAAUUUAUUGUCCUAAAUCUCUACUAUAUUUGUAAUAUUAAUUAUAAGAAGAAGACGGAAAGAAAAUGCUCCUAAUGGCCACUAAUGACUCAAUCAUUUCAUGAAAGCAACAACCGCAUUCGAUUCAGAUACCACCAGAGGAAACGUUUAUAACCAAAAGCUCUUUUUGAUAUAAAAUGACUGAUAAUUUUUACUCAACGGUUGACUAUUCAAAUUGGCUAAACUCAACAAGUGGCUACCUAUAUGAUGCAAAUUACACAGACAGUUACGACGAGGAAUCAUAUUUUACCAGCUAUCAAAAUGUUAGUCCAACCAGUAAUAACAAUGGAACAUACGAUCCCAACGAAUUCGUAUUACCGGUAUGGCGACAAAUAUUAUGGAGUAUACUGUUUGGCGGAAUGGUUAUCGUAUCGACGGUGGGCAACUUAAUUGUAAUUUGGAUUGUGUUAGCACAUAAAAGAAUGCGUACACCAACAAAUUACUUUUUAGUGAAUUUGUCGAUAGCGGACGCUAUGGUAUCAACUUUAAACGUAACAUUCAGUUUUACGUACAUGUUGAAUUCUCAUUGGCCAUUUGGUACGUUAUACUGUAAAAUUUCACAGUUUGUAGCAAUUUUGAGUAUAGGAGCAUCAGUGUUUACGCUAAUGGCAAUUGCUAUCGAUCGAUAUAUGGCUAUCAUGAAUCCACUACGACCUCGAAUGGGCAAACGAGCAACAUUGACAAUUGCUGGUGCAGUUUGGGUAAUGGGUAUAUUGUUGGCUAGUCCCAAUUUUCUAUACUUUACCACUUGGAAUGUAAAUUUGUCAAACGACGAAAUCAGAAUAGUUUGUUAUUUAGAAUGGCCGGACGGACCCACAAAUCAUUCAACAUACGAAAAUAUAUAUAACGUUUUAUUUACGUUGCUAACAUAUUUUCUGCCAAUUGGAUCAAUGACAUUUACAUAUGCACGUGUUGGAUUGGAAUUAUGGGGAUCGCAGAGUAUCGGCGAAUGUACACAGAGACAAUUAGAUAAUAUCAAGAGUAAACGAAGGGUUGUCAAAAUGAUGAUGGUGGUGGUGCUUAUAUUCGCUGUGUGCUGGUUACCUUUUCAAGUCUAUUUCAUACUCACGUCAUACUACCCGAAAAUCACUAAAUUUGAGUACAUUCAAGAGAUCUACUUGGCGAUUUAUUGGCUGGCUAUGAGCAACUCGAUGUAUAAUCCGAUCAUUUACUGUUGGAUGAAUUCCAGAUUUCGCCGUGGUUUCAAGCAGUUUUUUCGUUGGUGCCCUUUCAUUACUCUUACUCCGGAGACACUUCAACGGCGGGAAGCUGUCACGUCGCGCUACUCGUGCUCAGGGUCGCCCGAUCACCACCGUAUUGUAAGGAAUGAUACUGAAAGGUCGUUUUUAUAUACUUGCCCCGGAUCACCGUCGAAACAUCGCCGAAUGUCAGGUUCGGUACGAAUACCCAUGCACUUAUCAACUUGUCACAAUCACAAUUCAACCGCUAAUAACUAUGUCGUAAAUGGACCACAAAAUAAAAACAACGAUCAUCUAUUGACCCGAACAAAUAACUCCAGUCAACGAUGGACAUCGAGAAAACCGUCAAUCUCCUGACAAAUUACAUUCAGUGAUGUUGUUAAUGAAGAGACUAUUUUAGAUGGUCGUAUUGAUACCGCACCAAAUAAACAGAAACGCACGUGGAUAUAGAGACUAAGGAUAUUUGUCGUAGUAAGGAACAUUUUAAAAGAAUUUUUCGUUUUCUUUUGAUACUAAGUAAAAUACGCAAAAGAUUAAAAACUUUGGUAGCAAAAUGACGGUGAGUUUGAGAUAAUGUUAAUUAAGAGGUCGUGCGUAUCGGGUCGUUUUGUCUGUGUUUUCUUCAAAGACCAUCAACAGUACCAAAUACAUGAGAUCACGCGAACAUUUUAGUCAAAAAUCUGUAAAACCGUCGUAAUAUGACAAGCACAAAAAAUCUUUCGAUGUCAUUUUGAAUGAUUCUGUAAAGUCUCACUUCCAUGGGUCUGAUGUUAUCGUUUCUACGAAUAAAAGUGACCAGUUUGUUUGUCCUGACCUGAACCUGAGUUGACCUGAACCUGAAUUUUAUGUCUCUGACCUGACCUGAAUUGACCUUAAACCUGCCAGACACUGUCAGGCUGACAGGUGACUGGUUACCUUGAUUUUUAGGGAAAUCAGAUCAGGUCAACGAAAAAUUGGGUCAGGUCAUUUAAGAGAACUUUUUAGGUCAGAAGAUUACAAGCUCAGAUCAGGUCAAACCCGACCUGUUCUGAUCUAUAAUAAUUUGAGUAUAAAAUGUUCGAACCAUGAAUUUACACAGAGUUGCCCGCCAUCUCAGUAAAUAUCGGCGAAACCUAUGUCCCUAAAAUACUAAAUCCUGAUAGAAUUAGCGUUCAAGCGAUAUCAAACUUCAUGAAUGUUAUACCUCAGCAUCUUGCUUGAGUGCAGACGUAUUCCUAUCCCUAAAGAAAAAACAGUCUAAGCUAAUCGAAUGGACAUGAACAGUUUGUAUAGAAAUUAUUGUCAAGGUGUUCUUUUCUGGUCUGAGCAGAAAGCGGUGAAAUGUGCGAAACUGGCCUAGAAUAUUGUUUUCAAAACCGUUUUUCAAAGAAUCGCUCUCUGGAAUGAUGGUCAUUAAACAUAAUAUAAACAGAAACCCAGCAUUCACGACCUUUUUUAUUAAGAAAAAAAAUAAUACUCAAGCUCGUCGUGGAAACUCAACACAUCAUAACAAAAAAAAAAAUGAGAAAAAGAAAUAUUUUUACAAGUUUCACUUUAUUCGCUCAAUGUAAACGAUAUUCUCCUGAAGAUAAUGUCCUUUGAAUUAUGACUUCGUAUUAUUAUGCCAUGUAAGAGAAAUUGGAAAUGAUUUUCUCAUAUUAUUUAUAGCGGCGAUAAAGCCGAAAAACUAUUUUGUUUGUUGGACGAAUGAAAAGGGUUAUGGGCAUACAUUAUAUUCAAUGUGGGACACAAAAUUUCAUUAUUAUUUUGGUUUAUGUGUUUCUCUCAGUGAUAAAUUUAUGGUUUGUUAAUUUGUUGUUUAUUGGAGGGAAUCCGUAAAGAUUGUCUAUUCGGAUCCGUUAAAUUUAUGGACUAACCAUUGAAUGGAAAACUGCCAUUUCAUAUUUAACAGUCAGAUGCACACAUAUCUCUCUGUGUUCAUAUUCGAGCUCUGGGUGUAGCUCACAGCCAGAAAUAGAUAUCGAAACUAUAAUGGAAUCAAAUACACGUGCUGAAAUAAUUACACGUGUCGGAAUGGAACGAACGGAAACACUUCACUUAGCAAACUCGAUGAAACUGUCCGAAAUUGUUACAAUGACAUUUUCAUAAGAAAAGUUAUUCCAUUAUUCGAAAGACUUUGAUAGAUGGGCUCAUGGCCGAUAGGCGAUUUUGUUAAGUCGAAUGAGUAAAGUCGCUAGAUUUAAAAAAAUCGUAUUUUGAGCGAGGGGAACCGCUCUGAAAAGAGUUGCAUAGAGUUGCAAUCUGAAAAAAAGAGUUGCAAAAGAGUCGCACGCAAAAAAAAGAGUAGCAAAUUCAGUGCGGUCCCCCUCGAUUUUGAGUUCGAAGAUAAAUAAGCCAAAUUUACUUAAGGCCAGUUCAUACUCGCAUACAUUUUUGCGAUAUAUGCGACCAUGAACUGGCCUUAAUGGUGGAUUACUUCAAAGAAGCUAAAAAUACUGAUAGAACCGAUGAAUUGAAAAGAACAAUGUAGAUGACUUACUCCAGUGACAGUGACAGUGUAGUCUUUGUCGAUAUUAUACAUUCAGAUUUUGUAAUUAAUUGUUCCGCUCGGGUAUAAGAAUUGGGAUAGCUCAAAUUGAGGUCAUGCAGAAAUAACGCAAGAGUUAUUAUUUGACAAUAGUCCGAAGAAGGUGUAAUCCAUAAUCUUGUUUUAAGGCUCUUGAGUUAUUUCUGUACGCCCCAUGGUUUCUAUAGUCCUUCACUAAACUUUAUUUUAAUAACUUUCAUUUUUUCAAUUGGACGACAUUUUAUAUUAUACUACCGUCAUGACUACGGACACCAUUAAAUUUGAAUUUAAAUUUUAAUGGAUGGUUUUUCUCAUUCAAGUGGACAAUUUAAAUUUGGCAAUGUAAUCGCUUAUAUGCAUGGCAGUAAUUCAAAAAAUUUCAUGUUUCAUGGAAAAGGAUGAGACCUCGAAGAAAGUAAAACGAAAAUGUUAUAUUUGAUAAUUUUGCACAAUUUAAAAGUUUGUGAGUAUCUCGGCUCUUUUAUAUUUCCAUUUAAAUGCUAACUUCAAGUUAAUUACCUUUUUUCUAAACAAAAUGUCGGAGAUCCAAACAACGAUAUAACCUUUCACAGACGGAAAGCGUAUCGGCAGUUUUACUAUCGCAUCUAUUACUUCUUUCGAUCUAACAAUUGCCAAGAGAUUGAUUACAGAGCCUUUACUUCUUACUAUUGUUUGAGCAUGCUUAGAGGUGUGCGCCGCCGAGUUCAGCCGGCGCGCCGCCGGCUGGAGGUACUCAGCCGAGCGCCGCCGCCGAAACAAAAAUAUGACAUCAGCCGCCGCCAGCCGCCGACUGUUUUCAUCGGCUGGACAACAAAAUAAGUUUAGGGCAUCAUUCAACUAAAUAUCACGAUUUUAAAUUUCUCCGAUGGAGCUUAGCGUUUCUUUGAAUGGUAGCAAUCGGAAAUCUUCGUUCUU